AUGUCGCAUAGUCUCGAUAAUCUAUUUCCUCCGUGGAUUUUGACCAUUGUUGGAAAGUGCCUGUCCAAUUACGUGUUGGACAAGACUGAGGAUGGUUUCGAGGUGGAAGACGAUGGCUCUCGCCUGAUCUUCACUAUUGCCUGCGAUGCACCUACCGCUGUUAUCUUACAAUGGCAAGCUCGAGUGACGGAUGCCUUUGUAUCUCUAAUGGAUUCAAAGUGUCAAAUAGACGCCAUUCUUAUGUUUUCGCCAGAGGCACUAGCUACCUUGCGCGACUCGAUUGACUCUUCCAAGAUACCUAACUGUCCUCAGAAACAUAUGAUCACGCUACUUGAUUUCAAGUUCGUUUUCACGUACUCAACGCCUGCAGUUCAAUUACACCUUGUUGUUAAUCACUGUCGCAUCCACUUUGACGACGGACCGGCCAAAUUUACCCCUUCGAAAAAAAUCAAGAAGAUCCAUUUCAAAGAUUUGGAUCAAGCGAAGCAGAAGGCUCUACAAUCUCGCCCACCUGUCAAGUCCAAUAUAGCAAUGACGCCAACUUGCAAAUCCGUUAGUCAUGAAAUUAAUCAAUCCUUUCAAUCCCAGAGCGAACAACCCAGUGGUGUGCAAUCCCAGCAACUUGUCACUCAGAUCAUUUCCCAUGACCAUGAUGUAUUGAAAAGCGGUUCCGAGGUCGCUCUUUCUCGCUCACGGGGUGCCGAUCUACUUCGAAAUCUCACUUCAAACUGGAACAAGUCUUCACGGAACUCUUCAGAGGAAAAAAGCCAAGUUUCAUCUCCCAGAAUACUGCCGUUAGAUGACGUGGGCUCUACUAAACGCACACGGAUCAAAGAGCCCACCGAAACAGCUCCACUAUCGCCCUUCCGGUCUGGGCAUAUGGAUCGCAGAAUAUCCAUCGAAUCCCAGUUUGGGACCGAAUCUCCAGUGCGGAAAGAUCCUGGUACCCAUAAACUUUCCAAAAAGCGCCGACUAGAAGUUACGGAGUCGGCGGCUAAAGAGGUUGCGGAGUUGUCAGAGGACAUACCUUCCAAAAAACGGCAACGCACUGAUAUCAUUCAAGAAGAAUUGGAAGAGCAACUUGAAACACAAUUGCCGAUCAAUCAGCCAGGGAUGCCAUCAUCCUCUAACACUCUCUUCGAUCCUGAACGUGACAUAACCCCAGUCAACGUUGAUGAUCCCAAAUUCGGUGAUCCUUGGGAGGGCCUCGUCAGUAUUUCGUCCCACGACAUUACAAUCCCAAAGGACCAGGAUGAACUUCUCAAUAACAACAUCUGCUGGAUUCCGCCAAAAACAGGCGAUCUCAUGCCUCAAGCGCAUGUGCCACCUUCGCUUCUGCAAAUCUGGAACAAUAUUGCCGCUCGUAGUCUUCGCUCUACUGAACAAGACAGAGCAGCUAGUGUUGAUAGACCUGUCACCCCGACCCAAGAUACAGUCUCCUCUGCAGCAUCAGAAGCAUCCAACUGGUCUCCGUCUCCCUUGUCACACUUUAGAAGACCCAAUCUGCCCGCUGACAGUAGUCCUGUGGCGCCGCGGAGGCCAAGCGAAAUACUUGCCAUCCCGGCUGGAAACGAAGAGUCGGAAGAUAUCCAUGGCUCUCAAAUCUCAUCGCAAGCAGAUAGAAAUGAAAAUUAUUGGCCUCAGAGUACCACUAAAUCUUUGGUGACCGAAAAGUCACUGUCACCUCGGAAAUUUUUCAAAACUGUUCAUGAAGGCAUGCUUCCGCCUGCGACGCGCGCUUCCCCCGCCCAUUCUGAAAAAUCUGAUGGACAAGUAUAUGGUCAGGCUUCUUCUCAGCUUGAAAGCCAAGUGCUAAUUCCAAGCCCUCUUUUACCAGAGGAAUCGUCUAUUUCUACCCAUCCAAUACAAUCCACGGCAAAUGAGGAAACAGACUCGGAUGACGAGUCGAUGAUGGAUGUUUCUGUGCCCUUGGGACUUGGUGAAGCUUGGCCGUGUCCCACACAGAGCAGUCAGGCUGAGCCAGAAUUGGCAAGUUCAGCUCUCUUCGUGUCUAGUGCACAUGUGGAACAUGUCCAAGUUGCGGAGACUCCAACGGUUGGCCAUCAGAAAUUGUCCAAGAAUCAAACGGAACCUGAACCUUUCAAUUCAAUACUGUCUUCUUCGCAAGCUCAUAACCGCUCUUCGCAAUCAAGAGUGCUUAAUACAUACCACAGCCAUCAGAAAUAUCAAUCCUCAGCCCAGGAUUCCGAGCUCUCUAAGAAAACUAGAGAUGAUACACCAUUAGUACAUGUCCCUGGAACACAAGUUGAGGCCAGCAGCAUGAACCAGGAGUUUCAAUCUCAAUCUCAAAAUGUCUCAUCUGAAAUCGUGCCCGAUUCCUCAGAGGGGCAUGAAAACCUACCUUUGUCCAACUCGCAUCUUGUUGAGCCAUUGUCACCCAAUUUCCCAAGCUCGCAUGAGCCAGCUCCGUCCCAGCAAAACCCAUCUUCCCAGGAUACCGCGAUGAAAGUCACCCCUGUUCAUGGUUGGACCCCUAUCAAUGGGCCUACGGAGCUUCCACGGGCAUUUCCGCUAGGACCGCUUGCCUCUGCCGAUCAAGACCAAUCUCCAUCGAAGAAUCCGAGGAGCCCAAAACGAGCCCGGAAAAUUGUCAAAAAAUCUCUGCCUACCACCACCCAAAAUAAUGUCUCGGUGGAACUUCGCCAGGAGUAUGUCGGUAGUCAAGCGACACCCGAAGACGCCCAAGAAGUGUACCGUCACUUUUGCAGUGAAUACACAAAUUACUCUGGUGAUUUCGGCCAUUUCUCUGAAGUAUGUGCCAAAUUGAAAGCCCUUCAAGUCCAAGGAAAGCUGCAGCGGCCAUAUCUCUGGGACGACUUUGCCAUUAUGCAUUUUGAAGAAUAUCCCGAAUAUAUCCAUGAGUGCACACUGCAAGAGAGGAAGACACUGAGCUAUGAAGAAUACUUCAUGAACAAGUUUAGCAAGGCUAAUUACAAAAAGCGCUUCCUGACGGCUGAUCGCAUUGACUUGGUUGCUUGCAAGUUCAUGCCAACGGAUAUGCCUCCUCAAUCUACGAGCAGAUCAGCGGAUUGUAAUUUACCAGCUGUGGUUGAAAAUAUACCUAGUGUGGAAGGUCAAGAUAUUGAUACCUCCUUCACAGCCAGUCUGACAAACCAGUUCUCCAAAUUUCACACUCACUCGUUCGAAAACAAUGGCCUUGGACUUCACGCGGGUCCGAGUGGCACACCUGUCUUAGCAUCAGCAUCUCUAUUCUCUUCUCCCCUGAUCAAAGCGGAAGGAUCUGGGCCACAUUACAAGGAUGCCAUAGGCGCUCAGCUGCCAGAGCCUUACGAGGAUCAGAUGAUAAUUUGUAAUGCUGAGAAUGGAGCGAAUGGAGAGAUACGGGAUACAGACAACGUGGUCACCACAGAGGACCGUGGAGAGGAAAGAAAUAACGAAGAAGAGGAGGAAGGUGAGAAAGAGAAACCGGAUAAGGAAAUGGCGGACUUUGAAGUAGAAACGUUCAAAGAAAGACCAGAAGAUCUUGAGAUUGGAGAAACCCAAGAAGAAGAAAAGGAGCCGGACAUCAUGACUGAAAAGGGAGAAGAAAGUGCAGCAGUGGGCAAAGCCGACACUGACUCUGAUACAUUCGAAAACGAAAGUUCAGACGAGAAUGCAGUGGUCACCGACACAGAAGAAAUUGCAGAAACCAACACAGAAGAAAUUGCAGAAACCGACACAGAAGACAGGCAUCGCGAGACCAGUGUCGAGCUCGGUGAUGACACAUUUAUCUCCAGUCGGCAACAGUCUCGUAGAGAGGCCACCCCUGGCCAGUCUAGCGCUGAAUUCGACACUGAAUCUGACGUGGAAUCCAAUCAUGAAAGUGAAAGUGAAUGUGAGGAGGAGAACUGGUUCCACUAUCUGCUCCGUCAGCGCCGGAGUGAGCCGGUAUGGUCUGAUGAUCCAAACACUCCUUUUAAGCAAUGGGCUGUGGCCGAUCAGAAUGUGUUCAGCGAGCGUCGUCGUCGUGGAGGGUUCAAUAUCUUGGUUGAUGAGCAAGGCGUUAUUCAACGGCCAAUUAAUAGAUGA